GUCACUGGCUGCGCCGCCUCCGGCCGGAACUCCGGGCCAGCCGGUCUCCAACCAGUUCCUCCUCCUCUUGUGUUCUGGCUACCCCUAGACCCCACAUCAAGGUAGAGCAGGCGGACGAGGUGACACCAGAGUUGGUCACUCUAGCUGGUGAAGGGUGCAGUCAGGGCACAGCAGCGGGAGUGCGCAGCAGGGGUUGGUCAGACGGCCUGUAAGUACUUUCUGCAGACGCCAUGAAGGCACUGAUCUUGGUGGGUGGGUAUGGGACACGGUUGCGGCCGCUGACGCUGAGCACUCCGAAGCCAUUGGUGGACUUCUGCAAUAAGCCCAUUUUGCUGCACCAAGUGGAGGCACUUGCCGCGGCGGGUGUAGACCAUGUGAUCCUGGCAGUGAGCUACAUGUCACAGAUGUUGGAGAAGGAAAUGAAGGCACAAGAGCAAAGGCUUGGAAUCCGAAUCUCUAUGUCUCAUGAAGAGGAGCCUUUGGGAACAGCUGGGCCUCUGGCCUUGGCCCGAGACCUACUCUCUGAGACUGCCGACCCUUUCUUCGUUCUCAACAGCGAUGUGAUAUGUGAUUUCCCCUUCCAAGCCAUGGUGCAGUUUCAUCGACACCAUGGCCAAGAGGGCUCCAUCUUGGUAACCAAGGUGGAAGAGCCUUCCAAGUACGGUGUGGUGGUGUGCGAGGCUGACACAGGCCGCAUUCACCGUUUUGUUGAGAAGCCGCAGGUAUUUGUGUCCAAUAAGAUCAACGCAGGCAUGUACAUCCUGAGCCCUGCUGUGCUGCAGCGCAUCCAGCUGAAGCCUACAUCCAUUGAGAAGGAGAUCUUCCCAGUUAUGGCCAAGGAGGGGCAGCUAUAUGCCAUGGAGCUGCAGGGCUUCUGGAUGGACAUUGGACAGCCUAAGGACUUCCUCACUGGCAUGUGCCUCUUCCUACAGUCGCUGAGACAGAAGCAUCCAGAGAGACUGUACUCAGGCCCUGGCGUUGUGGGGAAUGUGCUUGUGGACCCAAGUGCCCGUAUCGGUCAGAACUGCAGCAUUGGCCCCAAUGUGAGCCUGGGUCCUGGUGUGGUGGUGGAGGACGGCGUGUGCAUCCGGCGGUGCACGGUGCUUCGUGAUGCUCACAUCCGCUCCCAUUCCUGGCUUGAGUCAUGCAUCGUGGGCUGGCGCUGCCGUGUAGGCCAAUGGGUGCGCAUGGAGAAUGUCACAGUGCUGGGUGAGGAUGUCAUAGUUAAUGAUGAACUUUACCUCAACGGAGCCAGCGUGCUGCCCCACAAGUCUAUCGGGGAGUCGGUCCCAGAACCUCGUAUUAUCAUGUGAAGGAUGUGCAGGGCUGGCCGAGCCCCCACUUUACCAUUGGCAGGGUAGGACUCAGUGCUUCAGAAGGCUCUGGACUUGGUGCCACUUGUCCAGGGAGGAGUGGGUGGCUCUGAAGCUGUUGGACAUCUGCCUUCUGGUGGGGACAGAAGUGGUGGACAGGAUCCUGCUGGGCAUAGCACACAGGCCCCCACUCCCUCAAGAAGCACUGGGCCAGGGCUGAAGGGAAUAAUAAUUUAAUGCUCACUGUGGCCUGGCCUCAGGCCCCCUCCCACCAGUGAGGCUAUGCACACACAGGCAGAUGGGUGGGAGUGGGAAGAGCGAGGGUGAUGGGGACAGGGCCGAGGGAGCUCAUAAAUAGGACUCGGUCUGCGUCUGAUGGUGGACUUCCAGGACAGCCUAGGCAGCUGAGGAUGUGGCACUUGUGCUGGCUGCCUUGUCCCAGUCCUCUACAGAUACAAUGGUGGCUUUGCA